UGGACGGCCAGGCCGGUUCAAGACCAGCCAACCUUCCCCCCGAAUGGCUAUAGUCACCCCGUCACAGCUCCCGAGCCCAACUCCACCUACGACUAUGUCAUUGUAGGCUCAGGAGCCGGCGGCUCACCACUUGCUGCCCGGCUCGCCAUGGCUGGCUACAGUAUCCUUCUUCUCGAUGCAGGCGAAGACCAUGGGACUGACAGGCAAGUCCAGGUCCCGGCGGUGAAUCCAUACGCUAGCGAGUACAAUCCGAUCCGUUGGGACUACUUUGUCAACCACUUCGCAGACGAGGAGCAGGCCGUCAAGGACAGUAAAUUUACCUACCAGACGCCGGAUGGAGAUUACUGGGCGACUCUUGAUCUGUCGGGCCAGCAACCGCCUGAGGGCUCUGUGAAGAAAGGCAUCCUAUAUCCGCGAGCUGGCGCGCUGGGCGGAUGUAGCGUGCAUAACGCCCUCAUCAUGGUCAAGGCUACCGACAAAGACUGGAACGACAUCGCUUCUCUGACUGGUGAUAGCUCUUGGUCGGCCGACAACAUGAACGGGUACUUCAAGAAGCUCGAGAAGAAUGCAUAUCUCCAGGGCAUCGUCAAUCCCGGUAGCCAUGGCUUCGACGGCUGGCUUCCCACCCGGACAACUCCCACUAUUCUUAUUGCGCAGGAUUUCAAAGUGCUCUCGCUGCUCGUCGCUGCCGCGACCGCGACCGGAAAAGGACUGCUGGACGGACUUAUUGGAACGAUAGGGGGUAUUCUAUCAGUCCUAACCCUGGAUAUCAACACGGAUUCACCGACUCGUGAUACCAAAGACUUGAUAUAUCAGGUCCCUGCAUCCAUGAACAAGGACUACGUUCGCACUGGGCCCCGAGAUUUUGUCCUGGAGGUGGCCCUUGCAAAGAAUGCGGAUGGCUCCAGCAAGUACAAGCUCGACAUUGCCCUCAACACGCUCGUGACUAGAGUCAAUUUUGACACCACUGGUACAACUCCCAGGGCUACUGGGGUCGACUAUCUUUUUGGCAAGAGCCUGUAUCGGGCGGAUCCCCGUGGCUCUUCGGAUGACGGAGUUGCGGGUACUGUUUUCGCCCACAGAGAGGUGAUUGUCUCUGCUGGCGCUUUCAACACCCCGCAGCUUCUGAAGCUUAGUGGCAUUGGGCCUGCCGAGGAGUUGAAGGCAUUGGACAUCCCUGUUGUGAAGGAUCUUCCUGGCGUUGGUGGAAACCUACAGGACAGGUACGAAGUUGGCAUUGUCGGUGAGGCGAAAACCGACCUUGCCCUCCUUUCUGGGUGCACGUUCCUCCAAGGGGAGGACGAGUGCUAUAACAAAUGGAAGAACAACCUAGGCGACCUCAAGGGCGCCUACACCACCAACGGCAUCGCAUGGGGCUACCUCCACCACUCGUCCGUCUCCGAGCACACCCGGACCUGUUCAUCGGUCCUGCGCCGGCCUACUUUAGCGGCUACUUCCCCGGAUACUCUCUCCGGGCCACGGCCGAGCACAACAAAUGGACCUGGCUCCCGCAACAACGCCGGCACCGUGAACCUGACAUCCACCGACCCCCGCGACAUUCCCCGCAUCAACUUCAACUCCUUCUCCAAGGGCGGCGGGGAGGACCUACAGGCCGUAGUCGAGGGGAUACAGUAUGGCAUCGACGCGUUCAAGAAGCUGAUCCCGCUCGACGGCUCGUUUGAGCGUAUCUGGCCUCCCACCAACAUUAGCACCCCUGAGCAGCUCAAGGAAUUUGCGCGCAACGAAGCAUGGGGCCAUCACGCCUCCUGCACAGCCUCCAUCGGUUCCGAUGACGAUCCGAUGGCUGUUCUUGACAGUAAAUUCCGUAUUCGGGGCGUGGAUAGUCUUCGAGUGGUUGAUGCCUCCAUUUUCCCCAAGAUUCCUGGCAUGUACAUUGCGUUGCCCACAUAUACGAUCAGUGAGAAGGCUGCUGAUGUAAUCAUCAAAAGCGCCGCUGUUUCUGAA